GGGAGUACGUUACUGGACUUAAAAAUGCUGCCUGAUUGGCUCUGGCCAUCAUAAAAACCCCUCCGUCCUUCCGAUUCCUUCGCAUUGUUCCCAUCGCCAGAAUCCCCUCGGAAUCUUAUAUCCAAAUCCCCCGUCCUCCCCUCCCUCUCCAUCCCAAUCCCAAUCCAAGAUCACCGCCCACAACAAAAAUGGGUCUCCGAUCCAAAGAGGAGGGGAAGGAGGAAGAAGAAGAAGAAGGGUCAUCUCUUUCUUUGGGUCCUUACCGAUAUAAUUCGCCCUUUGUCCAGGUCUGCCUGAUCGGGCUGGUGUGCUUCUGCUGCCCGGGCAUGUUCAACGCCCUCUCCGGCAUGGGCGGCGGCGGCCAGAUCGACCACAAGGUCGGCAACAACGCCAACACCGCCCUCUACACCACCUUCGCCGUCUUCGGCGUCCUCGGCGGCGGCAUCUACAACCUCCUCGGCCCCCGCCUCACCCUCCUCGCCGGUUGCUCCACCUACGUCCUCUACGCCGGCUCCUUCCUCUCCUACAACCACAACCAGGGCCAGGCCUUCGUCGUCACCGCCGGCGCCAUCCUCGGCAUCGGCGCCGGCCUCCUCUGGGCCGGACAGGGCGCCAUCAUGACAUCCUACCCCCCGCCCCACCGCAAGGGCUCCUACAUCUCCCUCUUCUGGGCCAUCUUCAACCUCGGCGGCGUCAUCGGCGGCCUCAUCCCCUUCAUCCUCAAUUACCACCGCGAGAAGGCCGCCUCCGUCAAUGACGGCACCUACAUCGCCUUCAUGUGCUUCAUGGCCGCGGGCACCGCCCUCACCCUUACCAUCCUCCCCCCGGCGCGCGUCGUCCGCGACGAUGGCACCCGCGCCACCUCCAUGACCUACUCCAACGUCGUCACCGAGUCAUGGGAGAUCCUCAAGCUCUUCGUCAACUGGAAGAUGCUCCUCAUCGUCCCCGCCGCAUGGGCCAGCAACUUCUUCUACACCUACCAAUUCAACAACGUCAAUGGACUCAUCUUCACUCUGAGGACCAAAGGGCUGAAUAACGUGUUCUACUGGGGGGCGCAGAUGCUUGGUUCCUUCGGGAUCGGCUACUUCCUGGACUUCAGCUUCAAGAGCAGAAGGAUGAGGGGGCUCGUGGGGAUCGGGGCCGUGGCGUUGCUCGGGACGGCGAUCUGGGCUGGGGGGCUGGCCAACCAGCUGAGGUAUAAAGAUGGCAACUGGAAGGGGGAUCCCUUGGACUUCAAGGACUCCAGGGGAAGGUUCGCCGGGCCAUUUGUUCUCUACUUCAGUUACGGCUUGCUGGAUGCCAUGUUUCAGAGCUUGUGCUACUGGGUGAUCGGGGCGCUGGCUGAUGAUUCCGAGACCCUUAGCAGGUAUAGUGGAUUCUACAAGGGAGUGCAGAGUGCCGGCGCUGCUGUUGCUUGGCAACUUGAUAACCACAAAAAGCAGCUGCUGUCGCAGUUGAUAGUAAACUGGUCUCUUACUACUGUGAGCUAUCCCUUGCUGGCCGUGUUGGUGUUGCUUGCCGUGAAGGACGAGAACAACGCCGAGGAUGGAGAUAGCAAGAUGCCAAAGCCAUCAGCUCUUCCUGGGUCGGUGGAUGAUGGUGAUGCACGAGGGAAAAAUUAGGGAAGACCGUUUGCUUUUGUUCUUGUAUUCUGCAGGGGGAUGAUGCUCGUCUAAUUGGUACAUAAGAAUUGUGGUCUUAGGGUUGCCCGAAAAUUGUGGCAAAUAUUUCAUGGAAAAAGAAGAAAGAAAUUGUGGCAAACAUUCGUUAUGCAACUCAUGGAUAUCAGUUCUAAAUAAUCA